AAACGUUGUGUAAUUAACGUUUAAAUAUUUUUCAUUAUUUUUUGGAUACAUUAUUGCAAAAUAACAAUAAGUAAAAUAAAUUAAUUAUGUGCUACGUGGGCUAACUAUCGAAAUAUAAGAGCUUUGGCACUUCCUUCUUCUGCACCUCGUAGUCUACGCUUCACCGCUCUGACAUUGCCACUUUGGAGCGACAAUAAAAUAUAAAAAUCAUGAAUUUCUCAGGGAUCUUCUUUGUCUUCUUCUUUCUUCGCCUUCUGUCUCGAUCUCGGAGCUAUGAUUCCGGGUCGGGUCUCGAGUCACUUGCUCGCGGGAUGCUCGAAUCAGCGAAGGAACCCGAGUUCUUCGAAUGGAUGAGAGGAAUUAGGAGGAGAAUCCACGAGAACCCAGAGACAGGGUUUCAGGAGUUCAAGACGAGUCAACUCGUUCGAGACGAGCUUGACUCGCUCGGAGUGAAGUAUAAGUGGCCUGUUGCGAAGACUGGCGUCGUGGCUUGGAUCGGAUCCGGCUCCAAACCCAUUUUCGGACUCAGAGCCGACAUGGACGCACUUCCUUUACAGGAGUUAGUGGAGUGGGAAUCGAAGAGUAAAGUAGAUGGAAAGAUGCAUGCUUGUGGUCAUGAUACUCAUGUUGCUAUGCUUCUUGGAGCAGCUAAGCUUCUUCAAUCCAGAAAACACCAUAUCAAGGGAACUGUGAAACUUGUGUUUCAGCCAGGCGAGGAAGGUUAUGCAGGUGCUUAUGAAAUGCUAAAAGACGGGAUUCUAGACGAGUUAGAUGGGAUUCUCAGCGUACACGUCUUUCCAUCGAUCCCAUCGGGUGGUAUCGGCUCUAGGCCCGGGACCGUUCUUGCAGGCGCAGGCUCGUUUUCAGUCACGGUUCACGGUCAAGGUAGCCACGCAGCUACACCUCACUUGUCUAAAGACCCGGUUCUUGCGGCUUCUUCCGCUGUUGUUGCCUUGCAGCAGAUUGUUUCUCGGGAAAUGGAUCCACUUGAAGCUGGUGUGGUUACUGUUGGAUACAUCGAAGGAGGUCAUGCUCAAAACGUAAUACCUCAGUCUGCGAAAUUCGGAGGAACUUUCAGAAGCUUAAGCAACGAUGGUCUCCUAUUUAUUCAAAGACGAAUCAAAGAGAUUUCAGAGGCACAAGCAUCGGUAUAUCGAUGCAAAGCAGAAGUAGAAUUCGAAGAGAAAGAGCCGUCGCUUCAUCCGGUAAUGAAUAACGACGAAGGCCUAUACGAGCAUGGAAAAGAAGUAGCGGAAGCGAUGAUCGGAAAGGAUAACUUCCAUGAUUUUCCGGUGACAAUGGGAGGAGAGGAUUUCAGCUUCUUCACUCAAAAGACUAAGGCUGCGAUCUUCGUGCUCGGUAUAAAGAAUGAGACGCUAGGCGCUGGUCAGCCGCUUCAUUCACCUUACUUCUUUGUUGAUGAAGAAGCUCUUCCUGUUGGAGCCGCUCUUCACGCAGCUAUGGCAGUCUCUUAUUUGGAUAAACAUGGUCGUGGCCAUGACCGUGAGGUUAAGAAUGAGUUAUAGAAUGUGUUUGGAAAAAAAAAAAGCAUUUUGUAAUUUGUAAAAAAAAGUUAGGUGGGGUAUAUUUGUUAGGUUGCGGUUUGGUAAGAACGUUUCUUAAUUUGAAAGUUGGGUUUAUUUCGAAUAUUUUGAAUAACGUCCCAAUGUUAUUUCCGUUUCGAUUUGGUGUAACAAUGUGUAGAACGAUUUGGACAAUGCAAGAAUUCAAAGCACUGAAAAUUCUCAAACUUGAGCAUAUUAUUAUAAUAUACACCACGAGUAGCUCUA